AUGUCGUCCGAACUUACAGAGGUCGAUAUCGAACCGACAGAAAGAGGGACGCUGUGGUCUUCGAAGAAUAUUCCUCACAGCGAAAACUUUCCAAACCCAUACGAGUUGAUUGGAGACGCAUACGAGCGGAUAUCAGUGGCAGAUGAGUGGGAGAUACACGACCCCAAAAGCCUGCCAUAUCUAGCACACAUCAAGUCACUAUCCACCUCAUGGAGGUCAUUGCGCUAUUUGGCCGAUUGGAUGCAGGUCGGUACAACGCCGUUACGAUGGAAUGAUCUCAAGAAAGACCCUAAAGAACGCGAUCGACGCGCCAACAAGACAAACAUCACUUUCAUCGAGUACCAACCUGCAUCAGAACCAAAAGCAAAUCGCAUCCAGACGUCUUCUGUGCUGCAUGAGACUCUUCAGUCGCUAUCGCACGAGCGUAUGAGAGAGCCUCCUCUUCGACUCUUCAUUGUAGAAGAUCUCUCCCAACAGGUUGUGGAGCUUCUAGGGGAGCGCUUCGACAUUGACCCACUCUUCUUCCGCGAGCAGAUUGACGAUUACGUGUGGCACAACACUCGGGAUCCAUGGGCAGUGCCACCGAGCCUCAUCUCCAACAUGAAGCAUCGUCAGUGGUUCCGCAUGCGGAACAUGCGUCUACGAUAUCACAAGACAAAGACAGACUUUGAAGAGUCGAGGUUAGAGGCUAACAGCUGGAAUGUGCUCCGCCGUCCUGAUAACGAUGAUAAUCAUUGGAACUUCCUGGAUGAAGACGACGCGGUUGUAUCAAUCAUGCGCACACGUACAACCAUGUGGAUUGGUAAGGAUAAACAAUGUGGUAACGGCACGGUCGGUAUCGUGCUGUUGGACCCAACAGUCAGCCAAGGGCGGCCACUGUGGUAUGACCGAAGCAAUUGGCUGCCAACGCCAAAGAUGGCAACAAAGGUCUAUCCAUCGAUACAAUCUUCGGUAUCAUGGUUCGAGGAUAUUGUGCAGAUGACGACAGCCUUUCCGUGGUUUGAGCAAUCAGAAGGCCACGAAAUCAAUGCCCAGGUCCUUGCUAAACCAACCAUGUACACCAUCUGUGCCGAGUGGCUCAUCGUAUGCGACUAUGUGAGGACGCGACUCAGCCAGAUCGAAUGGGAGCUGGAAAACCCGCGUGUCUUCCGAUCCAAAGGCGAUGCCAUUGACAGCUCGCUAAAACGUCUUCAUACAUGGCGACGCCAAAUACCAGUCUUCCGGGACAUGGUCACCGAGACAAUCGAGCAUGCACUUCCUGCAGCAGCACGCCUAACCAUGUCGCCAUCCCAAUAUUCCGCUGUGCCAUCGUCACCCAUGUCUUACACCACACGAUCUGGUCUAUCUGAAAAGAUCGUCAUAAAUUUUGAUAAUGUAGAAGGGUUCGAGGAUAUCGUGCCCGACUUCCGUCAUGUCCUCAAUACCAUCAACCAACUCCAAGAGCGCGUAGAGCGCCUCACUAGCAUUGUUACUGCUGAAAUCGCCAUUGAAGAUUCUCGGCGCGGGCUCGAAGAGAACCACAACAUGGCGCGCCUUACCUGGCUGGCGACGAUUUUCAUUCCACUGACGUUCAUCUCGGGCUUAUAUAGCAUGAAUGAGAGUGUAUCGGCGCUCAAGGAUACAUAUGGAUGGUACUUUGCUACGGCUAUACCGUUUACGCUCAUCGUCAUGGGAAUUGGCUGGGUAGCUGGCGGCGGGAGCUUGACGCCGUGGAAGAAGGAUAGCGACACGCAGAGGGGCAUGAUUGGAGGGCCAGAUAAGAAGGUGAAGUAA